AAGAACAUACUGUAUCAAACAAAAUGAAGGAGAGAGGUAUACCAGAUGCCUCUGACACUGAUACGCAACUUCUGGUGGAGGCAGAUGUUCAUCAGGAAGAUACUAGUUACAUACAGGAGGACCAGGAUGUUCAGGACGAAGAGCACAGUAUGAAUCAAGACAACGAUGAAACUGGCUCGAGCCCUAGCCCUUCGCCUUCAGCUGUAGAUACCUCAUCUGAGAACAGGCCUAAAGAUUCCACAAAAAAAAGAGGGAGCAGGCUUAUGCAUUCACCGAACAGAAAUGGUAUUGUGACAAUAGCUGUUUGUAUAUCAAAAGACACGGAGACUUCAAAAAUGCUGACAAAAAGCGCCGUCUUAUGGAAGAGAAAGCCAAUUCAUUUGAUCCUCUAUGCACUUUUCCAAGAUAUUAAGACAUCAGAUUCCAUGGCCAUACCCAGCGGUGGUGGUGGUGAUGAUGACGAUGAUGAGAAAGAGGAGGAGGAGGAUAAUCGUCAGGGAGAUGCUCCUCAUGCCAUGGAGACAGUUAGCACAGAUUCGAUCUCUGAUGAAGCUGGAACAAGGUUAAAGGUCAAGACCAAGAGCAGGCCAAAAUGCAAGGCUACUAAAACUAAAGAAUCUGAGUUACUGACCCGUGCCGAUGAAUUGGCCAAAAUCCGCAAAGAAAUGUCUCCACACGAGCAGCAGGAUGAGACGUACAUGGGGUAUAUGAAAACACAGAUACAACUUAUCCCAUGUGAAAACUGGUACCAGUUUACAAUAGACAACAUGAGGCUGGUACAAUCGUACGUGGUCAGACACUCUGCAUCAACUGGCCAUCAUGCAGCACCUAACCAGUCCGAAUUAUAUACUCAGAGUUCUUCUCAAGGUUACCGGAUUUUUCCGUCACAUCGCUACUCCUAACUCUUCACUCCCACGCCUAUGUCGCCUCAGUUGAGUGUGUCUGGAGGCUCUGAACAUCAGAAGCCCUACAUACAAUCCCUCUAUCGCUGUUUCCCGACCGGCACCCAAGAUUGCCGUCUAUCGCCAACUCCUACGUUUGGAAGUUUAUCGACCCAGGGGAGGUACAUAUCUAUAGAAACACCGAGCUCUGGUGGAUCCUUGGCUUCAUAUACGGCCACUAUGCCCAUUGACGUCGAGUCUACAGAAGACAUAUCCCCCACUUCAAAUUUGAGCCGAGCAAAAAAAAUCAAACACCAAUUUAGAGUAAAUUUUGGCAACUACAUUUAGAUCAAAGACCUUUUGUAUACUUCAACAUUAAAAUAUUAUAAAAAGUUAUGAAUGAUAGAUAUAUGUUGC